GAAAGUGAAGCCGAUACAGUCGUAGGUAUGCUAUGCGGUUGGACUUGAUACCUUUGCUGAUUGCUGCAUUUGUAAUUUUCCUUUGAAUUGUUGAAUAACCUACUCUUUCCAUCACCACUAUUGCCGGUGAAAUAUGCUGGAUUUCAUCACUUAGUCGCAUUCAUCAAUUGCAUAUUCGUACACAAUGAACUUCACACGAGCAUUAUUCGCCAAAGGAUUCACUGUCAUCGCACAAACCUCUGGACAAAGAGGAUUUCUUACAGUCACAACAGCAGCUAAACGUAGUUUAUUUUGUAAUUACAGAAAAGUCCUUGCAGUUCCUAAGAACCUAACGCAAUAUCGUUCAGUACAUGAAAACACAGUGUCGCCAAUUCAAAUCAAGAAGCGUGUAACUCGCAAAAAACGCAACGAAGAAGAGGAUCUUGCUGCUCAGGGAUUUUUCAACGUAACCGCAUUUUCUACUGCCGAGCAGUAUGAUCUGGAAGCAUUAGUCGUCGGAUUAGAGGAGCAGAACUUGUAUGCGGCUAAGAAGUUUUUUUCAACGGACAACCUGGGAGCAGAACAGGAUGUUCUCUAUGUCACUGCAAAGUACAUGGUAAAUGGGGAAGCAAGAGAUAUAUUUUUCUUCCGAGAAGGAUCCGUUGUUAUGUGGAAUUUCAACGAAUUAGAAGCAAAUAAUGUGCUUUCGUUUCUGAAACCAUACGAGAAAGAUGGAUAUUUGAAGGUGCUUGUCAAGGGCGAGAGUGAAAUCAUGCCGUAUACCUAUAUCCCUGAACCUAUCGAAAUCGCAGAGGACACACAGCCAAGUAAAACGCAAGCUCUUUUCAAAAACGGCAAGUUUUUCCUUUCCAAAGGAGAUCAGACAUUCUUAGAGAAAUACACAUUCUCAAACGCUAUGGCAACAUCCAUCAAACUGGGCAUAUGGGAGGCUACCCUGGAGAGGUACAUCGAAGGCAUGGAAUAUCUAACGGAAGACCUUAAGAAAGGCCGCCGCAUCAAGAUUGAUAGGGCCCAAGCACUACGUAUGACUGGAGAGCUAUUCGCUCUGCGACACAUGAUAAAUCUAAGCUCAGAUUUACUCGACACUCCUGACUUCUAUUGGGAUCGUGAGCAAUUGGAAACACUUUACAUUCAAGUCUGUUCGUAUUUCAGCAUCAACCGCAGAACCAAAGUUAUGAACGAAAAAAUCAACCAUUGUGUUGAGCUGGCCGAAUUGAUUUCGCACAAUUUAAAUGACAAACAUCAUAUCCGUCUCGAAUGGAUGAUCAUAAUUCUAAUUAUGGUGGAAGUUGGAUUCGAAAUCCUGCAUCACAUGGAGCGACACUAUCAAAGCAAUGAACCACAAGCAAUGGUUCCUGUAGCACAUUAAGUACCUUCAUAUUUUUAAAUUUAAAUGUAUUGAAAAUAAAUAAAAUGUUAGAUUGUUUUUGUUUUU